UUCAUCUCCCCUUCCUUCCAAACACACCUAUCUCCACAUCAUUCUAUAUAUACACACACAAGUCACACACCAUUAGUCCUCAUCAUUCACUCAAACACACACACACACACACACACACACACACAAAAGCAUGGCAGACUACAAGCAAUCAAACCUAAACGGAGCCUACUACGGUCCGGUAAUCCCUCCAUCAAGAACUCACCGAAGCGUCGGACGUGGUGACUGUGACUGCUGUUGCUUCCCAUGCUGUCUCAUCUCCACUCUCCUCAAGUUCAUAUUCUCCAUCAUCAUCACUCUAGGCAUCAUCGUCCUCGUCCUCUGGCUCGUCCUCCGCCCUAACAAGAUCAAACCCUACGUCGAAACCGCCACCCUCUCCACCUUCAACAUCUCCACCAACACCAAUAACAAUUCCACCAACUACCUCACCUACAACCUCACCAUGGACCUCAGCAUCCGCAACCCCAACAAAAGAAUCAGCUUCUACUACGAUUACAUUGAAACUCAAGCUUGGUAUGAUAACUCUCGGAUUGGUUUCAAGAUCCUUGACCCGUUUUACCAGGGAAAAAAGAACACCACUGUGUUGCACCCGGAGUUCAGCAGCCGCACCGCUGUGCUUGGUGACUCGGUUGUGACUACUUAUAAUAGAGAGAAGGGUGAGGGUUUCUUUUAUGUAAAUGUUAAGGUUUAUAAUAGGAUGAGGUUGAAGGUUUGGAUAUUUAAGAUUAGUGGGUUUAAGCCGGAGUUUGAUUGCUCGUUGAAGCUGCCGGCGCCGACGAGCAGUGGGAGUGCUGUGUCCACCUUUGAGAGGACCGAGUGUGAUGUUCAUUACUUUUGAUCAUAUAGGUUGCUGCGGAAGAUGGAGAGGCUAAUUCUUUGAUUAUUGUUUUUUAUUUUUAGUUUCAAUAUUAUUAUAUUAUAUUGCUUUUCGUUUUGCUGUAUUUUUAUGAUGCUUUUAUUUUGAUUUUUGGGA